AUGGUCUUAAAGGAUGAAGAUGUUGUUUUCGAGCCAGUCAGGAAGAAUGUCGGAUUGGUUCCGGAUGGGGUUAAGGAGACAUGGGUUGUUGUUGGUCAUUUCUUGACCAGCAAGGUUGUGAAGGUCGAGUAUAUGAGUCAGGUUAUGGCAUCUGUUUGGCAACCGGUCAAAGGGGUUCAGAUCUCAGAGUUGCAACCAAACUUGUUCCUGUUCGUUUUCUACCAUAAGACGGAUAUGCAGGGGGUAUUGGAGGAAGGUCCCUGGUCGUUUGAAAACAAUACUUUGGUCUGUAGGCAGGUGUGUGAUGGGGUUCUACCCGAUGAUGUGGUUCUUAAUUUUGUUGACAUGUGGGUGCAGCUGCAUGAUCUCCCACUAGGCUAUACGUCGGAUGUGAUUUUGGAGCAGAUUGGCAACUUCAUAGGCACCUUUGUGAAGUGUGAUGACAGGUUUACGGGAGCCCCAUGGAGAACGUUUUAUCAGAUUCGUGUCUCAAUCCUUGUAGCACGGCCGAUAAAGCGGCGAAUGAAGCUUGUGAAGCGUGAUAAGAUAACUUGUUGGGUAACCUUCAAGUACGAGAGAUUGCAUAACUUUUGUUUCUUUUGUGGCUUGAUGGGGCACUCACAUCGUUUUUGUCUGAAAGCACGGGAGGCUGGGAUUCUCGUCGACCAGUACCCUUACAGGAUCGACUUGCGGGCAUGA